UAUGCCUGGCACGUGAUACUCGUAUGUGUACAAUGUACAACACGCCACUGGAAGUGCUUUAUCAAAAAAUCACAAAAAUACCUCUUAAAACAAAAGACGGAAGACCGCACGUGGUGUGUUAUGUCUGCUACCAUUUAUUGAGCAAGUGUCACAAAUUCAUUGAAAGUGCCGUUAAAACUGACAAAGUUCUUCAACGACUAUGUAGCAGUGGUAUACAGUUAACCGAGCAGCAUAUUGCAGCGAUAGACAAGGCUUUCUUACUCACACCAUUAACUAAGUCACGCGUUAUAAAUGUAAACGCAAUAAGCGAUUCAGACGGAGUCAGUAUAGAAGUGGCCGAAGUCAAGAGAGAAAUUGAAGAAGAUAAGCCUAUAUAUUAUGAGGUGGAAGUUGUUAAAGAAAAAGCUGAUUCUUUAGGGUUUGACGGUAUAAAUAAUACAGAACAUAGUUCAAAACAGUACGCUUGUACUAUCUGUGGUCAUUGCUUGCUGACCAAAGCUGAAGCUAGGAAGCACUACAAAUGGCAUGGCACCUCCGAAGAACCCUAUCUGGACUGUCUGAAUUAUUUAUUUGGCGCUCCACCAACUGUGGAAGUCACUAUGCAACCUAUCACGGCGCUAACUGACAGCCAAGAAGUAAUAAAGGCGCCAACUGACCACAAAGAAGCACUACCGGCGCCAACUGGCAGCACACAAGCAGUGAAGGCGCCAACAUACAGCAUACAAGCUAUGACGGCGCCAACUGGCAGCAAACAAUCACUAACGGCACUAACUGGCAAUUUACAAGUAGUGAUGGCACCAACUGACAGCAAAAAAUCACUAACGGUGCCAACUGACUACAAAGAAUCACACGCGGCGCCAACUGAUAGCAAAGAAUCACUAACGACGCCAACUGACAGCAUUCAAGCUGUGACGGCACCAUCUUACAGCAUACAAGCGUUGACGGUGCCAACUGACUACAAAGAAUCACACGCGGCGCCAACUGACAGCAAAGAAUCACUAACGGCGCCAACUGACGGCAUUCAAGUGGUGACGGCGCCAACUCAUAGCAGAAAAGUGCUGAAGGCGUCAAGUGACAGCAAAGAAACAGUAACGGCGCCAACUGACAGCAUACAAGUGGUGACGGCGCAAACUAUCAUAGCGUCCGACACUAGUCCAACGAAGAUUGAAAAUGAUGAAGAAAAGCCUAAGAAAGUCGAAUUAGACGAAAAAUCAAAUUUACCCGAAGAAGUAAAAGAAGAAUUGUCAAAACUUUACAAAUACGAAAAAGAAUUAACGAAGAAAGAAAUUAAAAAAGACGUCAGUGAAAAAAUUGUAAAACCAAAGAAUAUAAUAAAGAAAAAAGAAGAAUCUAGGAAACCAAAGAAUAUAAUAAAGAAAAAAGAAGAAAUUGGGAAACCAAUUAAUAGAAUAAAGAAAAAAGAAAGAGCAACUAACAGUGAAGUGACUAUAAAAAAGAGAAAAUUCACUAAAACCAUGAAACCAAAUAGUAAAAACGAAACAAAAUUGGCCGUUAGUAAUAAUUUAACCGAAAACGAAGUAUAUCGUGAAGUCCCAUUAUAUCAAUCGGAUGACUCGUUAGACACAAAUUAUAAAGAUAAUACACCAAAUACAGAUAAAUUAGAGGGUUCAGACACGAAUAUGGACACGGAAGAUAUCGAACAAAAUGAUGAAAAUGAAACGAAAAAAAUUCCAGCAACAGAAAAAACAUUUCCAUGUGAUACUUGUAAAAAAGUAUUCCCAAGUAAUGCGCGGUUGAAACGCCAUAGGCGUGUGCACACGGGCGAGAAACCAUUCUCAUGCGAACAUUGCUCGAAAACAUUCGCAGAAAAAGCUCAUUUAACUACUCAUAUACGGACACAUACAGGUGAAAAACCGUUCUCAUGUAACUAUUGCGAUUACAAGACUGCUGUACAAUCUAAUUUAACUACUCAUAUACGGACACAUACAGGUGAAAAACUAUUCUCAUGUGCCUAUUGUCAUUACAAGGCUGCUGUAAAAUCUGAUUUAAUUAAACAUAUACGGAUACAUACAGGUGAAAAACCGUUCUCAUGUAACUAUUGUCAUUACAAGACUGCUAAAAAAGAUAAUUUAAAUACUCAUAUACGGACACAUACAGGUGAAAAACCGUUCUCAUGUAACUAUUGCCAUUAUAAGACCACUCAAAAAACAACUUUAAUUAAACACGAAAGGACACAUACAGGUGAAAAACCGUUCUCAUGUAACUAUUGUGAUUACAAGGCUGCUGUAAAAUCAGAUUUAAUUAAACAUAUACGGACACAUACAGGUGAAAAACCGUUCUCAUGUAACUAUUGUCAUUACAAGGCUGCUGUAAAAUCAGCUUUAAUUAAACAUAUACGGAAACAUACAGGUGAAAACCCGUUCUCAUGUAACUAUUGUGAUUACAAGGCUGCUGUAAAAUCAGAUUUAAUUAAACAUAUACGGACACAUACAGGUGAAAAACCGUUCUCAUGUAACUAUUGCGAUUACAAGACUGCUGUAAAAUCAGCUUUAAUUAGACAUAUACGGACACAUACAGGUGAAAAACCGUUCUCAUGUAACUAUUGUCAUUACAAGACUACUGUAAAAUCAGCUUUAAUUAGACAUAUACGGACACAUACAGGUGAAAAACCGUUCUCAUGUAACUAUUGCCAUUAUAAGACCACUCGAAAAUCAACUUUAAUUAUACACGAAAGGACACAUACAGGUGAAAAACCGUUCUCAUGUAACUAUUGCCAUUAUAAGACCACCCUAAAAUCAACUUUAAUUAAACACGAAAGGACACAUACAGGUGAAAAACCGUUCUCAUGUAACUAUUGCCAUUAUAAGACCACUCAAAAAUCAACUUUAAUUAAACACGAAAGGACACAUACAGGUGAAAAACCGUUCUCAUGUAACUAUUGUGAUUACAAGGCUGCUGUAAAAUCAGAUUUAAUUAAACAUAUACGGACACAUACAGGUGAAAAACCGUUCUCAUGUAACUAUUGUCAUUACAAGGCUGCUGUAAAAUCAGCUUUAAUUAAACAUAUACGGACACAUACAGGUGAAAAACCGUUCUCAUGUAACUAUUGUCAUUACAAGGCUGCUGUAAAAUCAGAUUUAAUUAAACAUAUACGGACACAUACAGGUGAAAAACCGUUCUCAUGUAACUAUUGCCAUUACAAGACUGCUGUAAAAUCAGGUUUAAUUAAACAUAUACGGAUACACACAGGUGAAAAACCGUUCUCAUGUACCUAUUGUCAUUACAAGACCGCAUCAAAAUGUAAUUUAACUGCUCAUAUACGGACACAUAAAGGUGAAACACCGUUCUCAUGUAACUAUUGUCAUUACAAGACUGCUAAAAAAGAUAAUUUAAUUAGACAUAUACGGACACAUACAGGUGAAAAACCGUUCUCAUGUAACUAUUGCCAUUAUAAGACUACUAAAAAAUCAACUUUAAUUAAACACGAAAGGACACAUACAGGUGAAAAACCGAUUUGAGGUAAACAGUCACUAUAGAAAAAAAUUCUUCAGUAAUUAUUUCAGUCGGUUGUAGGUAUAGUUAGUAGUAUAAAAGCAGUAAAAGAUGUAGCUAAAAGUCUUUGGUGUAAGUAGGUAGGUAUACUAUACAGGGUGUAAACGAUAAGUGAUCUCACUCGAUUAUUUCUAAACUAUACAAGAUAUUGAAAAAUUGAUUACUGACCCUGAAAGUGCUUACCGCGUACGUGCUUACCCAGUUUUUGGAUAUCUUGUAUAGUUUUUAAUAUUAUGUGGUUUUACUAAAUGUAUGGAAGCUGGAAACAUUGAAUUUUCGGAUAGAUCCAUUUAUUUUGUAACCUAUUAUUGGUACCGUUGGAUAGAGCUCGGGAAGCACUUUCAGGAUCAGUAACCAGUUUUUGGAUAUCUUGUGUAGUUUAGAAAUAAUCGAGUGAGAUCACUUAUCGUUUCCAUCCUGUAAAGGGAGGCACACAGAAAAGGCCUAAGUUACCAACAACGAGAACCGAACAUAGGACCACUUAUGGCAAUGUUAGUAGGUAGGUACGUCACUACCGUCAUAUUAUUCUUCCGUUCAGUUAAUGUUCUCAAAGCUAUAUAGGUCUACGCAAUACUUUGAGAAUAGUAACUGAGUAUUAUUUAUUUAUUUUUAACAGAGUUAUAUAGUUGCCUAUUUAAACUGUAUUUUCUCAAUUAUUAAUUUAAUAUUGACAUAAGUAUGUUAUUCUAAUGAUGGUAGUUCAUUCAUGAACAUGAUUUUGAAAUUACUUACAAUUUGAGACAAUAUUAUAGUUAUUAAUAUUAAUAGGUAUUUUAACUAAGUUCUUUACUAAACAAAAAAUACACCGAAACUAAUAAAAUGUUUUGUUUGUAUUAAACACGAACUAUUUAUUACUAAUGAAGUCUUGAUUACUAUCAAUACUAAUUUAAGGUUGACUUAAAAUGUAUAUUUUCCAUUUUUUUUUGUAAUUCAUUCUACCACUAUAGUUUGUUUUUUUUUAUUGUACGAGAAAAAUAUUUUUGUUUUAUAUAAUUGUUAUUGUGUUUAAAUUUUGUCCCUGUCUGCAUGAUACAAAUAACAUUUAAGUAACAUAACGCCUAAAUA